CCAGGGCUGAGGAGGCUCUCGGCUCUGGCAUCGGAGCGAGGAGGCCGCCUCACGGUGGCCAGGCGGUCGUAGCCGGGCUCCUACUUUCUGUGUGAAGAAACCGCCCCUCCCUUCCUCGCCGGGGAGCCAGACGCAAACAGCACGUGCGGUCUGGGGGAGCCUGAUUUCACAAGCCCCUCCGCCGCCGCGGGGACCCCGCAGGGCGUCUCCCCCCCAUGCGGGCGAUGGAGACCCCGUGGGGACUCGUGUGGGUCACCGUCCUGUGCUUUGUGAUGCACGCCCGAGGACAAGGCGACUUCGACUUGGCCGACGCUCUCGACGACCCGGAGCCCACCAAGAAGCCGAACUCAGACGUCUAUCCGAAGCCGAAGCCGCAGCCGCCGUACCAUCCGCAGCCCGGAAGUCCCGAAAACAGUGGCAAUAUUUACCCGAGGCCGAAGCCACCGCCGCCUCGCCCGCAGCCUGGCUAUCCCGACGGUGGAGGUUACUUCAGUGACGGGGACAGGGACGAUGGCCGCUACCCCCCCAGGCCCAGGCCGCCGGCGGGCGGCGGCGGCGGCGGCGGCGGCGGCGGUUACCAC